AAACCACUCAAGUUCAGUUCUUACACAAUUUUCAAAAGUGAAACCAUACCACCGUACGGAUGUUAUGUAAAUUGUAUGAUAUAACGAAUGAAAAUCAACAUGAAGUUAAAUAAUUUCUUUUACAUAUUUAGGAUUAGAGAUUUCGACGUCAAAAAAAAAAAAAACUUGUGAUUAGAGAUUUCUUUUUGAGGUAUUUGUGAUUUGUCAUUUGUGUGAUAAAGACAUUAGUUUAUGUACAAAAAAAGACAUUAAUUUGUAGCAAUAAAUAAUAAAAUAGAUAGAGAUAAAGUAUUGAUCCCUUAACAACAACAGCCACAAGCUUGUAAAUAGGGAUAAAGGAAAUCCAGUUUCUUAACCUGCGACUCCGGAUCAGAAUUCUCCUCCCACCGCCAUUGUUUCAAGUACCUGCAAGCAAGCUUCGUUAGUGAAGAGAUUGAGAGGUUUCUGAAAGCAAUAGCUGCAUUUGACACAGUUAAGAAUCAUUGGUAUGAUAGGAAUUGAUUAUUAUAUAUAGUGGAAGGAACAUACAUACAUAAUGGCUACUGCAGCAGUUAUUGGACUCAGUGGAGGCAAGAGACUAUUGAGUUCAUCUUACCAUUACUCAGAUGUUAUAGAAAAGUUUUAUCAUAGUUGUGACUUUGGAUCCUCACAGUAUCACCUUCCUCCUUCAAAAUCUGUAAUAUUUUCAAAGAAGUCAUCAAAAUGUGCUCCAACUUUUUCAGCAUCUAACAGGCAGAAUCAUUCCAUCAAAGCUCUUAAGGAACAUGUUGUUGUUGUUGAUGGUGCCCCUACUUCUAUUGCUAAUUCAAAACCAUGGAUUCAGGGAUGCUCCAAUUCUAAUAAUGACUUAGGGUUAGAGGUGGAAACCUCCGACAUCGGUUAUUCUGUCGACACUCUUCUUUUGAUGCAGAAGUCAAUGCUGGAAAAGCAAUGGUGUCUUUCAUUUGAAAGCGAAGUGCUCACUGAGAAUUCAACAAGAGCAAAAAGCAGAAGGAAGGUGACAGUGACUUGUUCUGGAAUGUCUGCAAGGCAAAGAAGAACAAAUACCAAGAAAAAGAUCACUAGUAAAAGUGGUUAUGCAAGGAAGCUGAGGUCCACAAUCAGUCCAGAACUGCUUCAAAAUCGUUUGAAGGGAUAUGUGAAAGGUAUAGUGAGUGAGGAAUUGCUCUCUCAUGCUCAAGUUGUAAAACUAUCUCAGAAAAUAAAAGCUGGCCUUUCCUUGGAUGAACAUAAAUCCAGACUGAAGGAAAGAUUAGGAUGUGAACCAUCUGAUGAUCAAGUUGCAACUUCGUUGAAGAUAUCUCGAGCUGAGCUGCGAGCAAAAAUAAUAGAGUGCUCUUUAGCUAGAGAAAAGUUGACUAUGAGCAAUGUUCGCUUAGUUAUGUCCAUUGCUCAAAGAUAUGAUAAUAUGGGUGCUGAAAUGGCUGACCUUGUUCAGGGUGGCUUGAUUGGACUACUUCGUGGGAUUGAGAAGUUUGAUUCUUCAAAAGGGUUCAAGAUUUCAACUUAUGUUUACUGGUGGAUACGUCAGGGUGUUUCAAGAGCUCUAGUUGAGAAUUCAAGAACAUUAAGAUUGCCAACUCAUUUGCAUGAUAGGUUAUCUUUAAUCCGCAAUGCAGAGUAUAGACUGGAAGAGAGAGGCAUCACUCCAACUAUUGAUAGAAUUGCAAAAUGCCUUAAUAUGUCUCCAAAGAAAGUCAGAAAUGCUACUGAGGCUAUCAACAAAGUUUUCUCCAUAGAUAGGGAAGCAUUCCCCUCUCUAAAUGGUCUUCCAGGAGACACUCAUCAUAAUUUUAUUGCCGAUAAAAGAUUUGAGAACAUCCCAUGGAAUGGAGUAGAUGAGUGGAUUCUGAAGGAGGAAGUGAACAGACUCAUUAAUGUAACCCUUGUUGAACGAGAGAGAGAAAUUGUUCGUCUUUAUUAUGGACUGGAUAAAGCAUGUCUUACAUGGGAAGACAUUAGUAAACGGAUAGGUUUGUCAAGAGAAAGAGUAAGGCAAGUUGGACUUGUUGCAUUGGAGAAACUAAAACAUGAAGCAAGGAAGAGAGAGAUGGAAGCCAUGCUUUUGAAACAUUGAUAUGAUGGACUCAUCAUAGAGGCAUGUAUAUAUACAGAACAAAAAGGAAGUAUGUACCUAAAACUUUGACUUCCUGAUUCAAAAUAGACAAAAGAGGACGAUACAAGAGAAAUUAAAGUACAUAAACCCCCUAAAACUAUUGCCUUUUGGAAAAAUUAUGUUUUUAUCAUGGGAUAAGUUGCAAGACUGAAGUAUCGCUUUGAGGUGUUAAAAAUCUAUGAUAUUCUCAGUAGACUACUUUUAUUUAUACUCAUUAUGAGUUUUACUUAAGAAGAACAGAAGAAACAUAGUUUAUAUGUAGUAGAACAAUUUUGGAAUAAAUAGAAUUACUUAUUAGUCGUUA